AAAAGUUCAACUUGCAAGACACCCAUUUCGUACCAAACUUGCAAGGGAUUUAUCUUCACGUUCCAGCCACAUAUAAAGGAACAUAAUUUUAUAGAUUGUUUUAUCCAUAGACCCCAUCCAGCUUUCUUCAAUUGGUAUGGCUCUUAAAACCCAUAUUUUUCACAUACUUGCCUUAACUUUCUUAGUCUUGCCUAUUGUUAGCUCUUCCAACUUCAGUAUCCCAGCAAUUUUCAACUUUGGUGACUCAAAUUCAGAUACUGGUGGCUUGGCUGCAGGAAUUGCUUUCCCGAUUGGACAACCUAAUGGACAAACAUACUUCCUUAAGCCAUCUGGGCGGUUCUGCGAUGGUCGUUUGAUCAUUGAUUUUCUAGCAGUGAAUGCAUUGGACCUUUCAUUUCUCAAUCCAUACUUGGAUUCAAUUGGUAUACCAAAUUUCCAGAAUGGGUGUAACUUUGCAACUGGAGGAUCUACUAUACUUCCAGCCAAUGCAGCAUCAGCAAGCCCUUUCUCCUUUGGAAUUCAGGUAGCUCAAUUUGUCAGAUUCAAGACUCGAGUCCUAGAAUUACUAGUAAAAGAUAAGAAACUUCAAGAAUUUAUUCCUUCACAAGAAUCUUUUAGGCAGGCCCUCUACAUGUUCGAUGUAGGUCAGAAUGGUCUGGACGGAGCAUUUUAUUCAAAAUCAGAAGAUGAAGUACUUGCUUUGAUUCCCAUCAUUUUAACAGAAUUUGAGGCUGGAGUUAAGAAAUUAUAUAAUGAGGGUGCAAGGAAUUUAUGGAUUCACAACACUGGUCCCCUUGGAUGCUUACCUAGAAUAAUUGCACAAUUUGGAAAAGACUCAUCAAAACUUGACCAGUUCGGAUGUGUUACCUCACACAACAAUGCUGCUAAUCAAUUCAACAUGCAACUUCAUGACCUUUGUACAAAAUUUCGGGUACUCCCUGGGGCUAAUGUCACAUAUGUUGACAUUUUCUCAAUAAAAUUAAACCUCAUUUCAAAUUAUUCUCUAUAUGGAUUUAAACAACCUUUAGCUGCUUGCUGUGGCUAUGGUGGGUUGCCAUUGAAUUUUGACAACCGAAUUGCUUGUGGCCAAACCAAGAUUCUAAAUGGGAGCUCGGUGACAGCAAUACCAUGCAAUAAUACUGCGGAGUACGUGAAUUGGGAUGGAAACCAUUAUACAGAAGCUGCAAAUGAAUAUAUUUCAUCACAUGUAUUAACAGGAAAUUACUCAGACCCACCUCUCUUAGUGAAUGCACAAUAUCAUAUAGAAUCAAAACUAUUUGACCCAAAAACAAUAUAAGAAUGUAAGAUUGUAGUAGUUUCCUCCCUCAAAAAAAGAAAAAAAGAUUGUAGCAGUUUUCAAGACUUCAUAUGAUGAGUCUAAAUUCCAAUACCAAUUGAAUUUCUUA